CCCUCCUAGAGCAUGCCCCACCUGACUCCGACACUGCCGGGCUUAGUCCGCGGGGCUUAGUCCGCGGGGCGCUUGCGCAUUUCUUGAGUUGUCGUGGCACUGCCCAAAUCUGAAUGAGGGAAAGAGGGAACUUCAUGUUUCCUAAAGACUCCGCCACAGCGGCUUUUCGUGCUCUCUUAGAGCUGGUUUUGCCUUUCGUGGUCCUGAGAACCCUGGCCUUUGGUUCCCCAAUGCGGCUUAAGUGUGCAGGUUUUAAGUUAGGCGAUCUUCGGGCAGCCCUAGUCCCAGCACCGGGUCCUUGCGCUGAGUUUUGGGACCACGGCCGGGGAGGCGGGGUCCUUCUCUGGGGCGGUCGCGUUGGCAGCGGAUGCGGGAAGCCGGACUCUGGGCGUCAUGUACUACAAAUUUAGUGGCUUCACGCAGAAGUUGGCAGGAGCAUGGGCUUCGGAGGCCUAUAGCCCGCAGGGAUUAAAGCCUGUGGUUUCCACAGAAGCACCACCUAUCAUAUUUGCCACACCAACUAAACUGACCUCCGAUUCCACAGUGUAUGAUUAUGCUGGGAAAAACAAAGUUCCAGAACUACAAAAGUUUUUCCAGAAAGCUGAUGGUGUGCCCGUCUACCUGAAACGAGGCCUGCCUGACCAAAUGCUUUACCGGACCACCAUGGCGCUGACUGUGGGAGGGACCAUCUACUGCCUGAUCGCCCUCUACAUGGCUUCGCAGCCCAAAAACAAAUGAGUUAGGCUGCAGAGGACUGGUUUGUUUUUUGGCAUAAACCCUUUGAAUUUCCUUUUUCAUUGUUAAAUUAAAAAUUUUUUUUUACUUGGAUGGCUUAACAUUUUUGCAAGAAAAGUAGGAAGAGAUGAAGAUGAUGUUUUGGUUUGUUUGUGAAAUGCAUAUGGCUUGUCAGAGCUCACUCGACAGUUAAAGCCAUUGUUUAAAGAAAUGGUGCUUUGCUCUGUGUUUGUGCUCCUGAUUUCCCUGGAGGUUCUGGAUGAAGGCUGAACACAGGCUUGUUAAUGUCAGUCUGUGUUGAGGACCUCAGGGACUUGAGGUUGCAUUUUUGAGCAUGGGAUGCAGAAGCCUUUCUGGAUUUGGAUGUGGCUAUGGAAAGAACACAGAAGCCAAGGUCAUGUGCAUGAAAUGAGGAGUUUGAGUUAGUCACCUUGGGGAUUUCUUCCAUUUUGCAGUAAAAUGUUAAAUUAAUGUAGCCUGCCUCUAUUCGUUGGGCAGUUAAUUUCAAAGGGUUAUUUGCCUCAUCUCCUAUCUUUAGUGAAAUCUUAUGUGUAAUUGUGUGUAUUUAUUCCACCAUGGGAACAGAGAACACCUGUUUAGUGUUGCACUUUGGUGUCUGUUUUGUUAAUGCAGCUGUGCCACAAAUUCUCCUUUAUCUUUUAAAAAUGUUAUAGCUUUAAAUUAUGACUUAUUUUGACUGUGGAAUAAAUACAUGAAUGAAAAA